CUUCAAAUGACAACGCACCGUACUAUUAUGUAAGCGCUUGAUUACAAUGUCGAUUCUUCGAGGGGCAUUUUCGGCAUGCAACCUCACCGCCAUUGAUUCUCACCCGCAAGUUCUGAGCAAUCAAUGCCGGUUUCCCAGUCUCAAUUUCGCUAACUCGCCCGCCGUUGGGCGCCGGAGCGUGGUUGUUUCCUGCUACGCUCCGGCGAAUGGUCCGGCGCUGGCGGUGGCCACCGAGGAGCCGAGGAGCCAGCAGUUGGCGUUCGAGCCGAGCCUCGCGGACCGGCUCCGGCUCGGGAGCUUGACGGAGGACGGCUUGUCUUACAAGGAGAAGUUCAUUGUUCGGUGCUAUGAGGUUGGGAUUAACAAAACCGCCACUGUUGAAACUAUCGCUAAUCUAUUGCAGGAAGUUGGAUGCAACCAUGCUCAGAGUGUCGGGUUUUCAACAGAUGGUUUUGCAACCACACAUACCAUGAGAAAACUGCAUCUGAUAUGGGUCACUGCACGAAUGCAUAUUGAGAUCUAUAAAUACCCUGCUUGGAGUGAUGUAAUUGAGAUAGAGACUUGGUGCCAGAAUGAGGGAAGAAUUGGGACUAGACGGGAUUGGAUUCUCAAGGACUAUGCAAAUGGUGAUGUUAUUGGAAGGGCUACCAGCAAGUGGGUGAUGAUGAACGAGGACACUAGACGGCUUCAGAAAGUCACUGAUGAUGUGCGCAAUGAAUAUGUAAUUUACUGUCCCAAAACACUAAGGUUAGCUUUCCCUGAGGCAAACAACGGCAGUCUAAAGAAGAUAGCUAAGCUGGAGGAUCCAGCUGAGAAUUCCCGACUGGGACUGGUGCCAAGAAGAGCUGAUUUGGAUAUGAACCAACAUGUAAAUAAUGUCACCUACAUUGGAUGGGUCCUUGAGAGCAUGCCUCAAGAAAUCAUCGACACACACGAGCUACAAACCAUCACAUUAGAUUACAGGCGCGAAUGCCAGCAAGAUGAUGUGGUUGAUUCCCUCACAAGCCUUGAACUGAUCGACAAUGCAGCUUCUUCAGUACUAAACGGAACAAAUGGAUCGCCCACGGCUAUGAUCAAUCUAAACAAGUGCUUCUUACAUUUAUUGAGAUUAUCUGGCAGUGGGUUAGAAAUAAACAGGAGUCGCACUGAAUGGAGAAGGAAGCCUGCCCAACUAUUAUAAACCUAUCAUAUAGAGUCAGUUCUCUUGGAGAAGACUUCAUCUUACUCUUCUUUCUUCUCCAUAAGUUCCUGAUACCCUAUGUUGUGUAAAAGUUUUGAAACUAUAUAACCUUCUGUCAACUUUAGAAUGACUAGUACAAGGAGUUAAACCGGGUGAGAUGUUAAUCUGGCCCUAAUUAUUAUGCCAUCUGUGAAUUUUGAA